CGCGGAGUUGGGUUCUUGCAGGAUUUCCUUCCAGCCUUUCCCCACUAAGGUUCUUGGGAAUUAAGAGGAAAAAAAAAAAUCUAAACACACAAACCAAGUUUUCCUAUUUACGUGUUCAGGGAAGGUAGGCAUUUCGGGCGAAGGACAGCUCCUUCUCGCCCAAGUUAUCCAAGAAAGAAGAGAGAGAGAGAGAGGGAAAAAAAAACCAGCAUCAAGAAGCUCUGAUUACAGAUCUUUGGAAUUUUCUUUGCAAAAUUUUUACAAACGAGAAAUACACCCAGAAUUUUGGGAAUUGCUCCAGGCUGCGAGUGAGGGUUUGAUUGCUUGUCUAAUCUUUUUUUUUCCCCCUCCCGGGAAGAAGAGAAUUCGCCAAGCGGGGGUUUGGAUGGCAGGAGCCCGCCCGGAUCUGCGCGGCAGCUAGCGUUCUCGCUUCUCCUCCCGGAGGGAGGGUCUCGGCCCCGCGCUCGGAGACCCCCCGCCGCAGGCGCGGUCCGCGGGAGCCGGCUGGGGAAUGCCCGGGCCGGGCCGGGGCACGCGGGCGCCUGCGGGGACUCCCUGACCGGCUGGCAAGUGGGCAGGGGACACUUUCCCGGGAACGGAAGGACGCCUCCAGGACCGGACUCUCUCGGGGCGCCCCCCGCAUUCGCUCGAGACUAUGGGGGAGAACUAGGGGGGCGGGCGGGAGGCAGCAUGUCUUGCGGUCGCCGCUGCCCUGCAUCUGCCCCCAGCCCCCACCCAGCAUCUUGAUGUUUCCCGUCUCGGCUGUACAAAUAUGAUGAAAUGGCAGCCCCGGAAGAAGGCAUACUUCCGACAGGGCGUCGCCCUCCAGUACCUUGGACGUCACGCCGAUGCCCUGGCAGCCUUUGCAUCGGGACUGGCUCAGGACCCCAAGAGUCUUCAGCUUCUCGUGGGGAUGGUAGAAGCGGCCAUGAAAUCUCCCAUGAGAGACUCCCUCGAACCCACUUACCAGCAGCUUCAGAAAAUGAAACUGGACAAGAGCCCCUUUGUGGUCGUGUCCGUGGUUGGACAGGAACUGCUGACCGCUGGCCACCACGGGGCCUCUGUGGUUGUCCUAGAAGCCGCUCUGAAGAUCGGCACCUGCAGCCUCAAACUGAGGGGCUCCGUCUUCUCCGCCCUGAGCAGCGCUUACUGGUCUCUGGGAAACACAGAGAAGAGCACGGGUUACAUGCAGCAGGACUUGGAUGUAGCCAAGACCUUAGGUGACCAGACAGGAGAAUGCCGAGCUCACGGGAAUCUGGGCUCUGCAUUCUUCUCCAAGGGAAAUUACCGGGAGGCGCUGACGAACCACAGGCAUCAGCUGGUGCUUGCCAUGAAGCUCAAGGAUCGAGAGGCAGCUUCAUCCGCCCUGAGCAGUCUGGGCCACGUGUACACCGCCAUCGGCGACUACCCCAACGCCCUGGCCAGCCACAAGCAGUGCGUCCUCCUGGCCAAGCAAUCCAAAGACGAGCUCUCGGAAGCGCGGGAGCUCGGCAACAUGGGCGCCGUGUACAUCGCCAUGGGCGACUUCGAGAACGCCGUGCAGUGCCACGAGCAGCACCUGAAGAUCGCCAAGGAGCUGGGCAACAAGCGCGAGGAGGCGCGCGCCUACAGCAACCUGGGCAGCGCCUACCACUACCGGCGCAACUUCGACAAGGCCAUGUCCUACCACAACUACGUGCUGGAGCUGGCGCAGGAGCUGGCGGAGAAGGCCAUCGAGAUGCGGGCCUACGCGGGCCUGGGCCACGCCGCCAGGUGCAUGCAGGACCUGGAGAGGGCGAAGCAGUACCACGAACAGCAGCUGGGCAUCGCGGAGGAUCUCAAGGACCGGGCCGCGGAAGGGCGCGCGUCCUCCAAUCUGGGGAUCAUCCACCAGAUGAAAGGCGACUACGACACGGCCCUGCGGCUGCACAAGACCCACCUCUGCAUCGCCCAGGAGCUGAGCGACUACGCCGCCCAGGGCCGCGCCUACGGCAACAUGGGCAACGCCUACAACGCCCUGGGCAUGUACGACCAGGCCGUCAAGUACCACCGGCAGGAGCUGCAGAUCUCCAUGGAGGUCAACGACCGCGCGUCCCAGGCCUCCACGCACGGCAACCUGGCCGUGGCCUACCAGGCCCUGGGCGCCCACGACCGCGCCCUGCAGCACUACCAGAACCACCUCAACAUCGCCCGUGAGCUGCGCGACAUCCAGAGCGAGGCCCGGGCCCUCAGCAACCUGGGCAACUUCCACUGCUCCCGCGCCGAGUACGUGCAGGCCGCCCCCUACUACGAGCAGUACCUGCGGCUGGCCCCCGACCUGCAGGACAUGGAAGGCGAGGGCAAGGUCUGCCACAACCUCGGCUAUGCCCACUACUGCCUGGGCAACUACCAGGAGGCCGUGAAGUACUACGAGCAGGACCUGGCCCUGGCCAAGGACCUGCACGACAAGCUGAGCCAGGCCAAGGCCUACUGCAACCUGGGCCUGGCCUUCAAGGCCCUGCUGAACUUCAGCAAGGCCGAGGAGUGCCAGAAGUACCUGCUGUCCCUGGCCCAGUCCCUGAACAACUCCCAGGCGCGCUUCCGCGCCCUGGGGAACCUGGGCGACAUCUUCGUCUGCAAGAAGGACGUGGGCGGCGCCGUCAAGUUCUACGAACAGCAGCUGAGCCUGGCGCACCACGUGAAGGACCGGCGGCUGGAGGCCGGGGCCUACGCCGCCCUGGGCACCGCCCACCGCAUGCUGCAGAAGUACGACAAGGCCCUGGGUUACCACACGCAGGAGCUGGAGGUGUACCAGGAGCUGGGCGAGCUGCCGGGCGAGUGCCGGGCGCACGGGCGCCUGGCGGCCGUCUACAUGGCCCUGGGCAAGUACACGAUGGCCUUCAAGUGCUACGAGGAGCAGCUGGAGCUGGGCCAGAAGCUCAAGGAGCCGGGCCUGGAGGCCCAGGUCUACGGCAACAUGGGCAUCACCAAGAUGAACAUGAACGUCAUGGAGGAGGCCAUCGGCUACUUCGAGCAGCAGCUGGCCACGCUGCAGCAGCUCAGCGGCGGGGAGUCGGUGCUCGACCGGGGCCGCGCCUACGGCAACCUGGGGGACUGCUACGAGGCCCUGGGGGACUAUGAGGAGGCCAUCAAGUACUACGAGCAGUACCUGUCGGUCGCCCAGAGCCUGAACCGCAUGCAGGACCAAGCCAAGGCAUACCGGGGCCUUGGGAACGGCCACAGGGCCAUGGGGAGCCUGCAGCAGGCCCUCGUGUGCUUCGAGAAGCGGCUGGUGGUGGCCCACGAGCUGGGGGAGGCCUUCAACAAGGCGCAGGCCUACGGCGAGCUGGGCGGCCUGCACAGCCAGCUGGGCAACUACGAGCAGGCCAUCUCCUGCCUGGAGCGCCAGCUGCACCUGGCGCGGGAGAUGAAGGACCGGGCCCUGGAGAGCGACGCGGCCUGCGGCCUGGGGGGCGUCUACCAGCAGAUGGGGGAGUACGACACGGCCCUGCAGUACCACCAGCUCGACCUGCAGAUCGCCGAGGAGACCAACAACCCCACCUGCCAGGGCCGGGCCUACGGCAACCUGGGCCUGACCUACGAGUCGCUGGGCACGUUCGAGCGGGCCGUGGUGUUCCAGGAGCAGCACCUGAGCAUCGCCGCGCAGAUGAACGACCUGGCGGCCAAGACCGUGUCCUACAGCAGCCUGGGCCGGACCCACCACGCCCUGCAGAACUACUCGCAGGCCGUCAUGUACCUGCAGGAAGGCUUGCGGUUAGCUGAGCAGCUGGGCCGCAGAGAAGACGAAGCUAAAAUCCGCCACGGUCUUGGUCUGUCCCUCUGGGCCAGCGGCAGCCUGGAGGAGGCCCAGCACCAGCUGUACCGGGCAUCGGCCCUGUUUGAAACCAUCCGCCACGAGGCGCAGCUGAGCACGGAUUACAAACUCUCGCUCUUCGACCUGCAGACGUCCUCCUACCAGGCCCUGCAGCGGGUGCUCGUCAGCCUGGGCCAUCACGAUGAAGCCCUGGCCGUGGCGGAGAGAGGACGGACGCGGGCCUUCGCCGACCUUCUGGUGGAGAGGCAGAUGGGGCAGCAGGACUCCGACCCGUACUCGCCCGUGACCGUCGACCAGAUCCUGGAGGUGGUGAACGGGCAGCGCGGCCUGGUGCUCUACUACUCGCUGGCCGCGGGCUACCUGUACAGCUGGCUGCUGGCCCCGGGGGCAGGGAUCCUGAAGUUCCACGAGUACUACCUGGGCGACAACACGGCGGAAAUCUCCGGGGACGUCCAGGCGGGCAGCAGUGCCACUCUCCCGUCGACCACCAGCUCGGCCCUGGAGCAGCUCAUCACCAACGUGCGGGAGGCCCUGGGGGUCGAGUCCCACUACUCCAGGGCCUGUGCCAGCAGCGAGACGGAGAGCGAGGCGGGGGACAUCAUGGAGCGGCACUUUGAGGAGAUGAAUGACCGGCUGAACUCGGUCACCGACCCCACCGGCUUCCUGCGCAUGGUCCGGCGCAACAACCUCUUCAACAGGAGCUGCCAGAGCAUGACGAGCUUGGUGAGCAGCACGGCGACCCCCAGCAAGGACGGGACCUCGUCCCUGCCCCGGAGGCAGAGCCCGGCCGUGCGGCCCCCGCUGCGCGCCCUCUAUGACCUGCUCAUCGCGCCCAUGGAAGGGGGCCUGAUGCACUCGAGCGGCCCAGUGGGCCGGCACCGGCAGCUGGUGCUGGUGCUGGAGGGGGAGCUCUACCUCGUCCCCUUCGCCCUGCUCAAGGGCACCUCCUCCAACGAGUACCUCUGCGAGCGCUUCGCCCUCAUCUCCAUCCCCUCCAUCCGCGCCCUCGGCCCGCAGGCCAAGACUCACCUGCGGAAGAGCCCACCCACCUACUCCAGCUCCACCUCCAUGGCGGCCGUGGUGGGCAACCCCAAGCUGCCGUCGGCCGUGAUGGACAGGUGGCUGUGGGGGCCCAUGCCCUCGGCCGAGGAGGAGGCCUACAUGGUGUCCGAGCUGCUGGGCUGCCAACCCCUGGUGGGCAGCGUGGCCACCAAGGAGAGGGUCAUGAGCGCCCUGAGCCAGGCCGAGUGCGUCCACUUCGCCACACACAUCUCCUGGAAGCUGUCGGCCCUGGUGCUCACGCCCGGCCCGGAGGGCAACCCGGUGGGCAGCAAGAGCUCCUUCGGCCACCCCUACACCAUCCCCGAGAGCCUGCGCGUGCAGGACGAUGCCAGCGACGGGGAGAGCCUCUCGGACUGCCCGCCGCUGCAGGAGCUGCUGCUCACGGCCGCCGACGUGCUGGACCUGCGGCUCCCAGUCAAGCUGGUGGUCCUGGGCUCCUCGCAGGAGUCCAGCGGCAGGGUCACGGCCGACGGCGUCAUCGCGCUCACCCGCGCCUUCCUGGCGGCCGGGGCGCAGUGCGUGCUGGUGGCGCUCUGGCCGGUGCCCGUGGCCGCCUCCAAGAUGUUCCUGCACGCCUUCUACUCCUCACUGCUGAACGGCCUGAAGGCCAGCGCCGCCCUGGCCGAGGCCAUGAAGGUGGUCCAGAGCAGCAAGGCCUUCUCCGCCCCCGCCAACUGGGCAGGCUUCAUGCUCAUCGGCAGCGAUGUCAAGCUGAACAGCCCCUCCUCGCUCAUCGGCCAGUCCCUGGCGGAGAUCCUGCAGCACCCCGAGCGCGCCCGGGACGCCCUGCGAGUGCUGUUACACCUGGUGGAGAAGUCCCUGCAGCGGAUCCAGAACGGGCAGCGCAACGCCAUGUACACAUCCCAGCAGAGCGUGGAGAACAAAGUGGGCGGCAUCCCGGGCUGGCAGGCCCUGCUCGCCGCCGUGGGCUUCCGGCUGGACCCCCCCGCCAGCGGCCUGCCCGCAGCCGUCUUCUUCCCGACCUCUGACCCCGGCGAGCGGCUACAGCAGUGUAGCAGCACCCUGCAGUCUCUACUGGGUCUGCCCAACCCCGCCCUCCAGGCCCUCUGCAAACUCAUCACCGCCUCGGAGACGGGCGAGCAGCUCAUCAGCCGGGCUGUUAAAAAUAUGGUUGGAAUGCUCCACCAGGUGCUGGUCCAGCUGCAGGCCGUCGAGAAGGAGCAGGACUUGGCGGCGGCGCCCAUCCAGGUGUCCAUCAGCGUGCAGCUGUGGCGGCUCCCCGGCUGCCACGAGUUCCUGGCCGCUCUCGGAUUUGAUCUCUGCGAAGUGGGUCAGGAGGAAGUAAUACUGAAAACCGGGAAACAGGCCAACCGCCGCACCAUGCACUUUGCGCUCCAGUCCUUGCUCGCUCUGUUCGAUUCCACCGAGCUGCCCAAACGCCUCAGCCUGGACAGCUCCUCGUCGCUCGAGUCCCUGGCCUCGGCGCAGUCGGUGUCCAACGCGCUGCCCCUGGGCUACCAGCACCCGCCCUUCUCCCCGACGGCCGCCGACAGCAUCGCCUCGGACGCCAUCUCCGUGUACAGCCUCAGCUCCAUCGCCUCGUCCAUGAGCUUCGUGUCCAAGGCCGAGGGGGCAGCGGCGGCGGCGGCGGCGGCGGCCGAGGCGGCGGGGGCGGGGGUCGCGGCGCGGGCGACCCUGGGCGCCUACCCGCAGCGGGCCACGCUGCCGCGCAGCCAGACGUCCCCGCACGCGCGGCCGGCGGGCGGCGCCAGGGACGACGACGAGUACCAGGGCUUCUCCAUCAUCAGCACCGAGCCGCUGGCGGCCUACGCGGACGGCCGGGCCGGGCCGGGGGCAGCGGCGGGGGCGGGGGUCGCGGGGGCGGCGGGGGCGGCGCGCAGAUUCUCCCCCGACGCCGCCGCCCCGCGGGGCCGCCUCCCGGCGUCGGUCAGCUCCAAGGGCAGCGUGAGCACGCCCAACUCGCCCGUGCGCAUGAUGACGCUCAUCCCCAGCCCCAACUCGCCCUUCCAGAAGGUGGGCAAGCUGGCCAGCUCGGACACGGGCGAGUCGGACCAGUCGAGCACGGAGACGGACAGCACCGUCAAGUCGCAGGAGGACGGCCCGGGCGGCGGCGCGCUGGACCCGCAGGAGCUGGCGCAGAGGAUCCUGGAGGAGACGCAGAGCCACCUGCUGGCCGUCGAGCGGCUGCAGCGCGGCGGCGCGCCCGAGCCCAGCCCCGGCCCGGCCCCCGCCGCCUCCGUCUUCCGCGCGUCCGAGACCAGCGCCUUCAGCCGGCCGGGCGCGCCCCCGCCCCCGCCGCCGCCGCCGCCGCCGGCCGCGCCCGCGCCCGCGCCCGUGCCCGCGCCCGCGCGCCCGCGCCCGCCCGCGCGCAGCUCGUCGCUCCCCCAGGCGGGCGGCGCCGCGUCGGGGAGCAGCAGCCCCGGCCACGCCGCGGACGCGCCCGCGGGCCCCGGCGGCUCGCAGGCGGCGUCGCCCCUCUUCAAGCUCAAGUACCCCAGCUCGCCCUACAGCGCGCACAUCGCCGCCUCGCCGCGCGGCGCCUCGCCCGCCGGCAGCGCCCCGUCGCCCGCGCUCUCCUACGCGUCGUCGUCGGCCGGCUCGGCGCGCUCCAGCCCCGCGCCCGCGCCGCGCGCCGCCGCCGCCGACCCCAAGGUGCAGGCCGUGCACGACCUCAAGAUGUUCGCGCAGGCCGCGCCGCGCGCCGCCCCCGGCACGCUCACGGCGCGGCGCGACGUGCUCAGCCUGCUCAACCUGUCCCCGCGCCACCGCAAGAAGGACGGCGGCGGCGGCGACCGGCUGGAGCUGCGCGAGCUGCCGCCCGCCCGCGGCGACGCGCCCGCCAACGGCCACUGGGAGACGCCCGCGCGCGCCGCCGGCCCGCCCGCCGCCGGCCCCCCGCGCCCGCUGCGCCUGCCCGCCGCCAACGGCUACAAGUUCCUGUCGGCCGGCAGGUUCUUCCCGUCCUCCAAGUGCUAGGGCCGCGCGCGCGCGCACACACACACACACACGCACAUACACACACGCACACGCGCGCGCGCACCACCCCUCACACACGCCACCACACACACACACACGCGCGCGCACCACUCCUCACACAAGCCACCACACACACACACGCGCACCACCCCUCACACGCCACCACACAUACACACGCGACGACACACACACAUGCCACCACACACACACUCCACCACACACUCCACCACACACUCACUACCACACACACACACACUCCACCACACACACAUUCCACCACACACCACACACACGCCACCCCACACACACGCUCAAAGGCCACUCCACACGCCACCCACACACACGCGCGCACACACACAUAUACACAUGCCACCCUCUACACACUCCACCAUACACACACGCCACUGUCGCACACACACACCACCACACACACCACCCCACACACAGGCGCGGCACCACACACGCGCACACAUGCCACCACACAUACACAUAUGCUACCCCUGCACCACCCACGCGCACACAUGCCACCACACACAUACACACAUGCUACCCCUGCACCACACACACACACACACACACACACACACACACACUCACUCACACUCCCCACCGCUGACCAGGACUUCUGUGGGCUUGGUUCUGGAGGCCCACGGACGGACGAGUCGCCACCCUUCACCAAAUGUUUACCUUUGAACUCCCCGGCUUCUCAUCUUCGACGUGAUUCUGCCAGAGGAAUUUUUAUAUUCUAUAUCUAUAUACAUGCGAACGUGGUCGUGGUUCCGGGGUGGGAAGAGGAAAGGGAGCACAUAUUUUGCUAAGAGGUAUAUAUGCAAUACCUUUUAUACACAAAUACAACAGAGCUUUUUUUUUUUUCCCUUCAAGGCUUCAGGUGCUGGUUUUGGGGGUGGGGUAUAUACAGUUUCUCUACGUUGGAUUCCACAUGCAAAGCAAGCGUUACAUUAGCCAAAUACAGAAUAUUUUUUUUUAAAUGCCAAAUGAUUUGUAAUGAAAUUCUAGCGAUUUGGGGUGUGUGACAUUGACAAUUAGCAGGGACAAAUGCAAUAAUUCUGGUCAUUGAGACCAGGUUUCCAUCGUGAACGCUGCUCCUCCAUCGAGCUCUUGACAAAAUGUCCUUUGGGCACCCCUGUCAACCAAACUUGAAUUUUCUUAAAAAAAAAAAAAAAUUUUACAUACCGUCUUAUCCAGGCAUUUUAGAACUAUGCAAUUGUGAUUUGAAAUGCAACUUUGUGCUUUUAAAACAUUACAGACCUUUUUUGUACGUGGAGAAGCCACUUGGUUUUAUUAUCAACAGUACUUUGCAUUUAUAGUUCUUAUUUUUAAAAGCUCAAAAAGGUUUUUUAAAGUGUCAAAUUUUGAAUAGUCAUCAAUAAGUAUUCAGUUUGGACUGGGGGAAGGAGUGGAGAGUUCUCAGUUUCCUUAUAAGCAAAAGAAAAGAAAAGAAAAGAAAAAGAAAAUCAUCUCAUGGCAAACUAAAUCAUCCGGAAUCUCGCCUUCCAGCUCCUGCUCCCUUUAUCAGCUGCUUCACGUUACUCUCCUUUUCCAACUCUCGGCCUCUCAAACCCCUUCUGUCUAAUGCCGUAGUCUGGGCCCCCUCACGCCUGCCAUCUGAGGGACAAGCUCCUCCUGCCAGAGGAUUUGUUGUUCUGAGCCAGAGAAGCGGGACCUUCUGUUGGGAUUGUGUCUGGGUUACUGCCAGAGAGGGAUAGAACCAUCCCUGAAAAUGUCCCAGGAGACAAAGGAGGACUUUUCCUGCAGCUGCGGCACUGGACAGAGACCGUAGCCCAACUGGGAUGAGAUGAGACCAUAGACAGGGGUAACUUAAUUUAUUUUAAUAAAAUACUGAGAACCACCUUAGUAGUAGGUUGCGUUGGCAAAUGUCAGCCUAUAUUCCAAAGUAUUCUAUAAUGGAAAUCCCACCAUCCUUCCUGAGAGGAUGUCUCUGUGUCUCUCUCUCUCAAAGGUGAGAGCCACUGGGCAGGGUCCCCUACAAUCCAGGCUGGACACAAGGGCCUGAUGGAGGGACCACUAACAUCAAGAGCCCUGGCGAAAGCUUAGAAUCUACGUAGAUUCACACUUUUGAAUCAAACAGUUACCAAGUGCACCCCAGUUUCCCACCCACACCUCUUCCUCGCUGUAGUCUGAAAAUAGGAAAUGUUAAGACUUACCCUGUUGGGGGCUGGAGCAAUAGCACAGCGGGUAGGUCGUUUGCCUUGCACACGGCCGACCCGGGUUCGAUCCCCAGCAUCCCAUGUGGUCCCCUGAGCACCGCCAGGGGUAAUUCCUGAGUGCAGAGCCAGGAGUAACUCCUGAGCAACGCUGGGUGCGACCCAAAAAGCAAAAAAGAAAAAAAAAAGAGACUUACCCCAUUUGUGAUGCUUUCCAGAGCUGUAUGGCAGAAGGUUUCAGCCCUGUUGACUCAAGGAAACGAUAAAACUGUCCCACUCUCACCAUGAUCCCAACACUGGAAAAGACAAGCGACAAUAAGGCUAAGGAGGAAACAAAAUAAAUGGUAAUAAAAGUGAGCCAACGUCCCAGCACUGUGCAUUUAGAUAACAAAAUCAGGUCCUCAAAAACAAUGGAAAAUGAACCUCACGGUACAUUUCUGAAUCUGUCUGUCAUUAGGCUGUUCCGUUCUCGGCCUUCUUCCCAAGUGCCAAAGAGCCCUGGAGGAAAGGCUGAGGGUCCGACUACUCCGUCUCACAAGAUGAGGGGGAGGCCCUUGGCCCACUCCAGCACCUGUCCGCCACCCAGAUCGCUGUCCACGGUGACCUCACCAGUCAGAGGGCUCGUGGACCCUCACCUGGUUUUAGUUCUAUGUGCAUUGUUGUUUCAGGUUUCGUUGCAAAGUUUGAUGGUGGCAUAUGUGAUUAUUAUUAUUAUUAUUAUUAUUUUUGUCCUAGACACAAGCUUCAGAGAAGGGAAAACCAAGCUGAUGAAAGAAUGGGACCAAUUUAAAAAUCACUGUAGGAUCACCCCUCAUUUAGAUUUGCUGUCAGUCUUCGUGCUUUCUAAAAAUGAAUGUAAAAUCAAAGUAGCUACUGAAAACUAUAUGUCUAAGAUGACAUGGCACUCGGAUUUUUAGCUACUGAAAACAGUUAUCUGUCUAGAUGACAUGGCACUCGGAUUUUUUUUUUUUUUUUUUGCAUAGGUCAAGGCUGACAAACUACAUCUCCACUGGCAUCAAUCUGGCUAGUGGCCUGGCUUUUAACGGCCACAAGCUAAGAAUGGAUCUUACAUGUUUAAAUAGUCACACGAGAAGAAUAUAAUAGUCUUGAUUUGGCCUCAACCCACGAGGCCCAAAAGUCUCUAGUACAGGUGAUAGAAAACUCUGUUCAAAUAAUAUUUUCGUUUCAUCUAGGGAAACUUAGUGUCGCUGCAUUGAAUGAAAUGAAUUGGCGUGGAUGGGAACCCUGAGCCACGCAGACAAAAGCCAACAGCCCCCUCCUGGCCCCUGUCUCUGCCCCACUCGGAAAUAGUCAACAGAUGUGGGUGGCUUUACAAACGGGGCCAGAGAUAACAGUACCAGGGUUUAGCUGCUUGCCUUGCACAUUGCCAAGCCCAGUUCCAUCCCCCGCAACACAUAUGGUCCCCUGAGCACAGCCAGGAGUGACCACUAAGCACAGAGCCAGGAGUAAGCCCUGAGCACUGCUGCCAGGUGUGGCACAUUUCCCCUUCCCCAACCCACCUCAAAUUUACAAUUUUUUUUCCCCUCAAAAUAUACAGAUGGCAUGGAAUACAUUUGACUUUCGGUGCAGAAAACUUGAAUGUCCUGUUCCAUUAAAGGCAAAUACACUUAUACCAGCAAUGAAAUCUUUUAGAAAGAACGGUAUUGUCCACAAAGUAUGGCAGUAAACUCUCUCUCUGCCUCUCUCCCUCUCUGUCUCUCUCCCUCUUUGUUUCUCUCCUUCUUUUAUUCUCAUCCGUGAACUCUACUGCUGUCCCGAUUUCAUCCCAGUCAAACCCCAAGACAAAAAUGAGCUACUAAAAUAAACACUUUGAUCCACACUGGAUCGAGUAGGAUGACAUGGUUUUUUCGCUACCACCCCAGGUGUUAAAACUCCAUGGUCCACGCUGAUCCUUGCUGGGUCUUGGGGGGAGACGGUGCCCAACACACUGUCCAUCCCUGCUCUCCGCUGGUCCACUGUGCCCGCCCGGUCCUGCCACCUCCCGCCACAGGCAAACUGUCCGUUUCGGUUCAGGCUGGAAAACAAACCCCCUUCGACCAUGCUCUGGGUUGCCCUUAGCAAGUGGGCAGAAAAGUGAAAACUGUCUCAUUUUCAGCACCUAUCUUGUUGUUUUAUUUAAGAUGAUUGUAUAUGUGGUUUGUGAGUCGGGCCCUUGUUGAUGCCAGAGCCUGCCAAGAUGUCCCAGGCGAGGAUGCCUGCGGCCACCUCGCCCCGCCUCAGCCCUUCCCCCGUGGCACCCAUGCCCCCGAAUGCAGCGUGAGCCAGCUUUGGCCUCCACGGACUCUUUUUGUAAAUUAUACUUUCCAGAUGGCAUUAAACUUUUUAUAUUAUGAAAUUUACCCUGUAAAAAGAACUUCAUAUUUUUAUUGAGAUUGCUAAGGCACUUGGCCUUCCUUUGUGAUUUCGGUGUCUAUUAAAGCAUGGAUUCCCUCAG